AUGGCCUCGAAAUCCGCCUACACCCGCUAUCCAGGCAAAAUCGUUGCUACGGUGAGGGCAAUCGGCGUCGGCGUGGUCCAAUUACCAUUCUGGAUGCUCUAUUUCCUCUCCGCUUCCCGCCGCCCAAAUCCUAAAUGGACCUAUCAACAGGCGCUGGGCGUCUUCCUCGUGAAGUCGUUCCUCACAUGGAUGGCCGUUAUUGAGCUGAAGACCCCCUUGAGCCUUAAGCCGGGUUCAGAAGGCGACCGGUUUGUGGUGAUGAAGCCUGGACCAUCGGACAAGUACAUCGGAGUGGUUGAUCUGGAUGCCGAAGUCAAACCCGAGACUAUCGGAGGGACCUGGUACCCCGCCCGCCCAAUUUCGGGCACUGCUGUCGGCAAGGUUGUUCUUCAUUUCCACGGCGGCGCAUAUGCGAUUGGGAAUGGACGGGACAAUGACGCUGGAUUUGCUGCGAAGACGCUCCUUGCCAACACUGCCGCAACCCAUAUAUUUGCCCCGCAAUAUCGGCUCUCGUCGAACCCAGGGUGCCAUUUCCCUGCUCCCUUGCAGGAUGCCAUUACGUCUUAUCUAUAUCUCACAGACGGGCUCGGCAUUCCAGCCGAGAAAAUCACAGUCUCGGGUGAUAGCGCUGGAGGCCAUCUAACGAUGGCGCUCUUACGCUACCUUGCCGACAACCCGGAUGCGAAACUGGCGUCUCCGGCGUGCGCAUGGCUCUGGUCACCUUGGGCGGACCCUGAGGGGGCCUUGGACCCACUGGUGAUGAGGACGCAUCGCAAUGCGCUGACUGACUACCUCGAUGAGCGGGUUGGUUUGUGGGGUGCGAAUUCUCUGAUGCCGAGCGAGGCAAGUGGGAUUACGCUGGCGCACCCCAAUAUUAAAUUUCUGGGGAAUCCAUUUGCCACACCGACGCCGCUACUGUUCCUAACUGGGGCCAGUGAAAUUUUAUACGAUCAUAACGUGCAGCUGUAUGAAGAAUUCAAGGCCGUGGAAGGAAACAAGGUGGGCCUGGAUGUUACUGCGGAAGGGGUACACGAUAUCAUUUUGGCAGGACAUUGGGUGAGGUUCACAAAGGAGGCUGCACAAGCUGCAAGGGUUGCAGGGGAAUUCUGGGAUGCCAAUGAAUAG